AUGGAGCAAUUGAAAUGGACAACGCCAAUGAAGAAUGGGAACGAACGAGAAAAUACAACUAAUAGCCCUAUAAUAUAUAAAACUCCUGUAAAACAAUAUGAAACAAAUUUAAAACAUACAACAUAUCAAAGUAAUAUGAGUUGCUUUAAUGUUCUUCCAAAUCACAUUACACCUCCAUCAGGUUUAACAAAAUUUAUAGCAAGAAAUCCAUUUGAAAGUGAUAUAUCUAACAGACUACAUUUAUCUGUGAUUAGCCCAACUGUAUUCAGUAAGGUUUCAAAUUCAUCUCAACACUCUUCAGAGUUUGCAUGGAGUGUAGAUGAACUAGCAUUAAUACAGCCGGCUAAAAUAGAAGAGUUUCCUAUGCAACAAAUACAUUGUAUAGAUCCAGAAACUGAAAUAAAAGCUCAAGCAGCUAUUGAUCAAUUUUUUAAUGAAAAUGAAAUAAUUCCAAGCCCAUGGGAGAUAAACAGGAAAGAGAUAAGGACAAAAAUUGAAGUGGAUACUCCUGUAAGAGCCACCAGUGACUUGAAUUCAGAGUCUUCAAAAUCAAAGAAAGAUGGCUGGAGUCAAACAAUAUUAACAUUUCCAUCUGAAUUACCAUCUCAUGUUAUGGAAAUUCUGAAACCUUACUUUACAUUUAUUCAGGAACAAAAUGUUGAGAGUGAUGAUGCAAAUUCCAGUAACAAUUCUUUAAGACGAAAAUUGUUUUUUAAUCAUGAAGAUUGUAUAGAUAAUGACAAAGACUGUUUAUUCCCAGUAGAAAUAAAUGAAUCUUUAGUAUUAUCUUCUAGUCCUCCACAAAGUGGAAUGUUACUUCAUGGUACACCAUUAAAACAAUCACCAAAUGGGAACUGUUAUCAUGAUAUAUCACAAAUUAAUGUAAGAAAUUUAUCACCCACUAAUAUAUCCCCUAUACAUAGUACCAUAAACAUGUCGUGUGAAAGUAUAAAAUCUCGAUCUCGUUCGGUUGUUCGCUUAAAUUUUACUGCGGAUAUGAGUAUAGAUCAGUCUAAUAUAAAGCAUAAAGAAUUAACAGAUAACCAUUCUAUAGAUCGGUCUUUUAAUAAAAUAAAUGCAGAGGAAAAGGUUGACAACAUUUUAAAUUUGGAAAACAAUUCCAUGUGUAUCCAAGUUGAUACCCUUGCAGAAAUAAAAGUUCUAGAAAAGAAAUCAACUCAAACUGAAUACAAUUACGAGAAUAGAAUUUUAGAAUUGAAAAAUCAUAAUGCUGAGAGCACGUUUAAAAACUUGACUGAUUCAUGCAAGAUGAAUACAAACGAAAAUAGCAUGUUCCAACAGACCAACGCAAUUCUAGGUAUUUCCGAUCAACAAAGUGGUUCGAAUUCUGUACAAGACGCAGGCUAUCAAACUUACAGUAUGAGCAAUACAACGAAUGUUAUUGAUAGCUAUAACAGUUCUCCGGUGAAGCAAAAAGUUUAUCGAAGAGAUCGAAUUUUAAUGACUGAUGAUGAAUUUCGUUUAGCUGAUUGGAAAGAAAACGUGAAGAAUAUAUUUAGUUCUACUCCAUCACGGUCAAACAGAAAAAGAAAUAAUGAUAUAUCUUAG